UUAAAUAGUUGGAUAGAGCAGAGAGGGUGUGCCACAUAUUUACAUACUAAACCUAGUCAAAGCUAACACAUAAACCUGGAGCUAAACAUAGAGAAAUAAACAAACCUUGACCAAGGUGUGAACCUAGUUAGACCUGGAGCUGAAUCUAUCCCAGAUAUGGGUUCGGAGGACUAUCGGGGUUUAGAUUACUCCGAAGAAUAUCAGUACGACCCGGAGAACAAGGAGAACAAUAUCUUCUCCUCGGCUAUGAUGAGCAAGGAAGGAGAUGAACUAUGGGAUGUACCGGUGGUAGUGUACUGUGUGUGGACUCUAGUACUAUUUAUCUCCUCUCUAAUAGUACUCUCCUGUCUCAGUAGAGAAACUAAGAAGUUCAACAAGAGAAUCCUCCGAGGAGAUUGCAAGUUGAAUAUUGUUUCUGAUGUCCCUGUUCUGGAAAAUCUUCUCUCAAGAUAUGUGCGUAGUAAACUGGGACUAGGAGUUCUCCAAACCCUGGCAAACUCAUUCGAUAAGAACAGAACUGAUAUUGACGAGAACAUCAGAUUGGAUAUACAGAGAUGGUUUACAUCCAGGAAAUCUGAGCUAAAAGGAAUGAACUACGAUGAUAAACAAAUCAGAAAAAUUAUUCUCAGCGCUAUCAGAUCUGGUUUGACCAAGAACCCUCUGGAUCUCCGGGGUAGCCGACUAGCUCUAGAGGGAGCUAAAGUAUUCCUUGAACUAGAGAAUAUGAAGGAGAAUGUAUCCUUCCUUCAAACUUCUCUCUCCGUUCCUAAACCUCGUGGUGAAACUACUAACGGAGAGAGAACGGUUUGUCCGACUAUUGCCUGUGAUUGGGUAGCUUCAAAAACGUUGAAAUUUCUCAGUUGCCUGAUUUCCCACCCUAACACAACCCCCUUGCUCUUCAUCCUCUUCUCAUUCGCUGUCUGGUUGUUCGACACUGUCUCUGAUAUGGCGAUCAUUGAUAAGUUCUGGAACUUUCGUCUUCCAAUUCUGUAUCCUAAGAAUGAUUCGGAAAUGAGGGAAAUAACUUAUUUAAGUUAUCAGACUCUCACCAUAGAUUUGUAUGCUCCUCUUCUUCUUCUCUUCCUUCUCUUCUCACUCCUGUUCACACUUCUAUCCUGCUCCUGCUCCAGGUUAAGUGACAAGUACAGAGUUGCUUGUGAGUACGCUAAACCUGAGAGAGAGAUACCAGGUUCACAUGAUCAGGAUCCAACCACAAUACUUUCCAGGUAUGAUUUUAAUAUUGCAAGCGCUACAACCUCUUCUCUACCUCAGUUCUCUAUUCAGUUCUCCGCGUACAUAAUUAUACUGUACAUGUUGGAAACCUUGAAGGGUUUAAGUAUUGAUCAGGCCACAAAAGAACAGAUCGGAGGCAAGAUUGAAGAAUUCAGUUUUGUCUCUCUCUGGUUCUCUGGUAUAGGGAGUGCUUUAGCUCUGAUAGUUGCACAAUACUCAGCUUUUAAGAUUCAACACGAACACUCCCUUACUCUCUCACAGAGGUUGGUCUCCUGGCAGUUUACCGUGGUAUCAAUUAGAACUGAAUUGAUGUGAUACGUCGUGGGACUGGGUUUGGAGAAGACGGAGGAACAGGGUCAGAUUUGCUCAAUUAACAUGUUAUAAAUUUGGUUCUUGAUUUGAGACAAUAGGCAGAA